AACACUGGAAAAGGGAACGAGAAGGACAGACAACAGGCGGAAACAUCCAAGUGAUGCUUUCUCGGCUCUUCUUCUUUCCCACUUGCACACAGGGCUGCGAACCCCAGCUGGUCGGCCAGACCCUCUAUGUCCCCGCUGGAUGCUGCAGCCACCCCCCGUGUGCCUCUAGAGCCUCCGGGCCGGGAGCGCUGCGGGGGAAGGUGGGAAACUGUGGCCAGGCCGGGGCCCCGCACUCGCUGUGCACCUGGCAGGGCAAAACCCCGAGUUGGUGUCGGCCUGUUUAUUGGUUUCUUUACUAAGAAAAACGGAUGUCAGAAGGGAGGAAAAAGAAAAGAGGAAAAAAGGCGAAGGUGGGAGUUCGCCCGGAGGGAGGGAGAGCCCCCCGGGAACGGAGGGAAGCCCGCGGGGGGCAGGAGACGGAUAAAGGGCGGCGAGGGCGAGGGGCGCAGCCCUGCCCCAGCCGUAGCGGCGCGGCAGCGGGGUCCGGGCGGGCGGGGGUUGGCGGAGCGCGGCCCAGCGCGGAGCCCACACUGCGGUACCGCCGAGGGAGCGCCGGCCCAGGCGCUCAACAGGCGCUGCCGCCCCGCCGGGACGGGGCCGGCACACGGCAAGAGCAGCGCUCGCUGCCAGCCGCGUGCCAGGCGGCGGCGGCGGCCGGGAAGGGGCUUGGCCGCCGCUCGGCGGGGCUGCCGCGCCGCCGGGGCUCGCCCGAGCGGGACCCACCCUGCCCGCUCAGCCGGGGCCGGCAGCCCGGCCGGCAGCGCCGCCGCUUCCUUUGUGUGCGUGAGGGGAGCUGCGGCGGGUCCCCCCGGCGGGCUGUCAGCGCUGCCCGCGAGGAGGCGGGGAAGGGAAGGGACGGGAAGGGAAGGGAGGAGGCGAGGCAAGGCGCUGGCAGGGCGGCUCUCGCGUCCCCGUCACAAGGUAAGCCCUGCUCCCCAGGGCGGAGAGAGGCGCUGGAAGCGCCGCGGGGCCCUCUGCCUGACCUGCCGAGCGGCUUCGCCCAGCCCCGGAGAGCGGCCGGCAGCGCCUCGGCGGGUCGCCGCCGCCUCCUGCUCCCCGGCGGCGCGGGGAGCCGAGCGCGGGCUGCGGCGGCGGCUCGGCGCGGCGCGGCUCCGGCACUUUGCGAUGGGCUGGCGGCAGCGGCGGCCGGACAGCAGCGGGGGCCGACGCGGGGCUCGCAGCUAAGGGGCGAGGAGGAGGGACCAUGGCCGCAUCCAGUAACUCCAGUUUGUCCGGCUCGUCGGUUUCCUCCGAUGCUGAAGAAUACCAGCCUCCAAUAUGGAAAUCAUACUGUGGAGAACAGACCAAAGUAUUAUGGAAGAGAGUUUCACGGGAUCAUUUCUCGGGAGCAAGCAGAUGAAAUACUUGCUGGUGUAGAAGGAGCGUAUAUUCUUAGAGAAAGCCAGCGGCAACCCGGCUGCUACACCCUUGCUCUCAGAUUUGGUAAUCAGACCUUAAACUACAGGUUGUUCUACGAUGGGAAGCACUUCGUUGGGGAGAAGAGAUUUGAAUCAAUCCAUGAUCUGGUUACAGAUGGCUUGAUAACAUUGUACAUAGAAACAAAGGCUUCUGAGUAUAUUUCCAAAAUGACAACAAACCCCAUAUAUGAGCACAUUGGAUAUGCCACUUUGCUUAGAGAAAAGGUGUCCCGGCGGCUGAGCAGAACAAAAAAUGAAUCAAGAAAAGCAAGUGUAACGAGUGAAGAAAAUACUCAAGUUGAAAAGAUCACCUCCCUGGUCAGAAGAGCAGCCUUAACUCAGAACGACAACCACUUCAACUAUGAAAAAGCACACAAUUUUAAGGUCCAUACGUUUCGAGGUCCACACUGGUGUGAGUACUGCGCCAACUUCAUGUGGGGUCUCAUCGCUCAGGGAGUGAGGUGUUCAGACUGCGGGUUGAAUGUACACAAGCAGUGCUCCAAGUACGUGCCCAACGACUGCCAGCCAGACCUCAAGAGGAUAAAGCGAGUCUACUGCUGUGACCUCACCACGCUGGUGAAGGCCCACAACACCCAGAGGCCCAUGGUGGUGGAUUCCUGCAUUCGGGAGAUCGAAGCAAGAGGUUUAAAGUCCGAGGGCCUCUAUAGAGUUUCAGGCUUCACUGAGCACAUUGAAGACGUGAAAAUGGCCUUUGAUCGAGAUGGUGACAAGGCUGAUAUUUCUGCCAGUAUUUAUCCAGACAUAAACAUCAUUGCUGGAGCACUGAAGCUAUAUUUCAGAGACUUACCAAUUCCUGUGAUCACCUAUGACACCUAUUCCAAGUUCAUAGAAGCAGCAAAAAUCUCCAAUCCUGAUGAACGACUAGAAGCAAUACAUGAAGUGUUGAUGUUACUCCCUGCUGCUCACUACGAGACACUUAGAUACCUAAUGAUUCAUCUCAAAAAGGUUACCUUGCAUGAAAAGGAGAAUUUUAUGAAUGCUGAAAACCUGGGAAUAGUGUUUGGACCUACUUUAAUGAGACCUCCAGAGGACAGUACCCUUGCUACACUGAAUGACAUGCGGUACCAGAAGUUAAUUGUGCAGAUUUUAAUAGAAAAUGAAGAUGUUCUCUUCUAGUCAGGGAGGCAUAUCUUCAAAGCCAUUUGUUUUAAGAUAAUUAGUCUGAAUUAAAAACAACAUUUCUUUAAUUUUUUUAAACAGAAAGGAAGAGUUCCUUGACUGCACUUCAAUUUCUGCAAAGUUGCAGAUGGAUGCCAAAAUGUUUAGGGAAAGCCUAUGUCUCAUAGACAUAUGCCUCUUUGUAGAAGGGAAAAAGAAGGUCAGAAAAAAUCCUCUUACCUUGUAUCUUUUGCCUUGCCUCAGAUGUAUAUUUGUUUUGAGAAGUUUCAAACAAUUUUAUUGUUAACUUAUUAAGAAACACAAAACGUAUUUUAAUAUGGCUAGAGAAGCAAAAAGGUACUUAAUCAGUGUUACUUGUAUAUGCCUAUACCUUUCUUUCUUCAUGAGACAUAAUUAUAUAUGCCAAUUGUGAAACAGAACUUAUAUUAUAAAGAUAUUUUUACUUUACCUAGCUGAAAGAAUGGCAUUUUAUUUUAGCAAACUAUAAAUCGAUGCGGUGCAUUGAUUAUUUUCACGUAAUUAUUUCCUGCAUUUUUGCUAUGAUAUAUUGAAAACAAUUGCCACUAAUGCAGUAUUAUCCUGACAUACCUCUUCCAUUGCAAGUGUUUUAAAGGAGAAUACAUUUCUUGUGCAUAUUUCAGCUUUCCUUAGAUUUCUUUGCAUUUCUUAGCAUCCUAGGAUUGUACACUUCCAGCCAUUUGCUAUUUCCCAAAACAUAUAGUAUAUUCUCUUUUUUUUUUUUUUCCCCCAUGUAAAAUAAGGUCUUGAGAAUUUUUUUCAAAGUCCUGGUGGUAUUAUCAGUUUCACAUGCCAGAAUUUUCUUGGAUUACAGUAAUAUAUAAGUUACGUGAUGCUGGGACACUGGAUAUUUUCUGGCCUUGUUGAAAGUCAGCACUUUUUUGGGUGAAUGAUGAAGGAUUUGGUUUUUCUGUAAAAAUUGACUUAUGUUUUGUCAUGUUUCUCUAUUUAUAAAUGUACAGUAAAUCUGCUAAAAUUGUAGGUAUUUAUCUUGAAUGUGUUUCCUGAUGGUUUGUUAGAAAAAAAGAAAAAAUAAAAAAGAAAGACAGAAUGUGUAGGACAUGUGGGAGCUGGUAAAUUUAAUUAUUACCAAAUUUUAAUAUUUUUCUCCCCUCACAUAUUUUGACCUACAGAGUUCGUAGUCUAACUGCAACUUAUUCCUAAUGUUAAAACUGUUUCUCAGCAUGAAAUGCUUCUUCAAGCAUAGAAAAUCAACAUACUUUACUACCAAACUCAAUUUUCAGUACAAAAAAAUUCUAAUACUCCCUCAUCUUGAUCAUUUGUAUCAUAUGCUUGGUAACUCAGUGAUGCAGUUUCCUGAAUUAUUUCAGGGAGCACAUGUUUCUAUUCAAAUUGAAAAAUAUGUGUAACUAUGAUAAUGAAGAGAGGUAGAGGGUAUGACUGUAAAUUUGUCGUCUUCUAGAGAAAUAACUAAGGGCUAGAUAGAUUAACCCAGAUUGCAGAGCAAGUGCUAAAUAGUCUGAGUUCCCAAUACUUCCAUAGAUCCUCCUGCCUUGUACAGGACUAUUUGUUGUAGGUUAUGUACUACUUAAUACUGUCAUAAAAAUGAUCUGGAAAUGGUUUUAUUUUGUGAAGUGAAAUAUGCUUUGUAAUUUAUGAUAGUGUAAAUGGAAGGAAAAAUCCCAUUAAAUGUGUUAAAAGAGU